GGCCUUCCCCCACUCCCACCGCCGCCCCCACAAGAAAAAAAAAAAACGGCGAAUUCCGUCAGUCUACGGAUUGUUGUAGGUGGCGGCGUUCACUUUGUUCAAAAAGGCAACCUGGGAGUCGACCGAAGACGAGGUGGAGGAGGAAGGUGACGUUUGACAGAUCAUGGCAGCUUCCUCCCCCGAAAGUGAUCUCGGAAGCAUAGAAUGCUUUCAGAAUUACACAGCUCCGGAAGUGUUCGUGCAAGGGCUAGCUGGUCAGAUUAAUCAGCAAGAUGUCGAGGCCAUUAUUAGGGCGCAGAAGCAGAUGCUCCAGAGAUUUGAAAAGACGAAUGAAAUGCUGAGUAAUUGCAAUGCUUUAUCAGCAACAAGGUUUGCUCUGGCACAGAAAGAAUUCAAAAAGCACACAGCUCUCCUCGUUGAAAUGAAAAAGGAUCUUGACCAUAUCUUCAAGCGUAUCAGAAACAUCAAGACUAAACUAUCUAAUCAGUACCCAAGUGCUUUUACUGCUGCCCAGGAAAAAGUAUUUAAGGAAGCUGAUGAAGAUGAGGAAGGAGAAUCAAGUAAUCGUAACCAGGUAGAGUCUUCAGAAAAUAACAAGCGAACAUCUGUGUCUGGGGAAAGUGCUCAGAGUGGGCAUUCAAGUAAGUCUGAACAAGUCGAAGAGAUGGAACAGUCAAGCGAUGGCAGUAGAGCAGAUACAGAGAGACAAAUGAAGAAAACUGCUAGUAGUUCUUCUGACAGUAGUAGCAGUGCAAAGCUAUCAAGCUCUUCUUCCUUCGAUAAUUGAUUAUGAUGUACAUUACUGAUAUAAUACAUUUUUAUUAUUUAUUUGUUUGUACCUGAUAAUAUUUAAGGUACUGUUUGAACAGUUACGUUAGUGUUGUAGAUGGAAUUUGUUAAUAAAAGAUGUUUAAA